AUGAGGAUCGUAUCAAACCUCAAGACUUUUUAUAGAUCUGUCCUCUUCCAGAUCAUCGUCUUGGGGUUCGUGUCUUUCACGCAGCCUGGCGUGUGGGGUGCCGCCAACAGCCUCGGUGCCGGUGGACAGUCCACACCCUUCCUCGUCAACACAUCGAAUGCUAUUAUUUUCGGUAUCAUGGCCAUCGGCUGCAGCCCUGCAGGCGGACUCUGUAACCUGAUUACCAGCAAAUGGACGUUGGUCAUUGGUGUGAUGUUCUUUACACCGUACUCAUCUAGUCUGUACACGCUGAAUCGCUACGGAACCGAAUGGUGGCUGUAUCUCGCCUCUGUCUUCUGUGGCGUGGGAGCCGCGUUGUUUUGGUCGUCUGAGGGUGCAAUUGCCGUGGGGUACCCAUCCGAGUCGCAGCGUGGGCGCCUUCUGGCAGUAUGGCUCGCGAUGCGCCAUGUGGGACCGCUUAUCACCGGCAUCAUCACGCUGGUCUUGAACACAUCAGGCGCAGAAACAGGCAAGGUGGCAUAUAAGACGUACUAUGCCUUGAUCGUGAUCCAAUGCUUGGGCGUGCCCGCUAGCUUACUGAUAAGUAAACCCGACAAGGUGAUACGGCCCGAUGGUACGCGUAUUCCGUACCUCAAAAAGGACCGGACGAGCGCUAAGAAGGAACUGAGGCAUAUCUGGGACACACUUCGGACGCCCCAAUUGAUUCCCAUCUUUAUCACAGGUGUCUGGGGCCAGACGUAUCAGUCCAACUUUGUCACCGCGGUGCUGUCUGUCCGAUCGCGUGCGCUGGUGGGAUUGCUGACCUCGAUUGUAUCCAUUCUUGCCGAUAUAUCGUUCGGGGUCGUGGCCGAUGCAAAGUGGCUCGGUUCACAGGCACGACGCGCGCGAUGCUUGUGGCCGGCCUUUGCCCUGGGCAUAACAGGACUAUGGGUAUGGCAAACCGUGACACAGGUCCACUUUACACGUACAAAGAACUCUGUCGAUUGGGCAGGUGCCACGCCCGAAUUCAACAACGCGAUCGCCGUGGUCCUGUUAUGGAAAUUUGCCUACGAGGCCCUACUGGCAUUCUACUACUGGAUCCUCAGUACUUACCCUCAUACGGAUGGUAGCAUGGAACGUGCUGUCGGCAUGCUUCGCACGUUCGAGUCCUUGGGCAACUGCCUGGCCUAUGUUGUCGGCUCCACAUCUUGGCCAAAUGUGCAUCACUGCAUCUUGGCUUUUGCCCUGUGGGGUACAUGCCUCGUGCCAACGACGCUCGCUGUAGGGCGUGUCCCGCCAGACAAGGUCGAAAUAUCUGAAGAGGAGAACAGCCAUACGAAGGACGUGCUGCAUGGGGACUCGUCCAGCGAGGACUCGUAUCGCAUAUGGAAUGAGAUGGACAAGGAGGCACUCUUUCCCAUGCCUGAUCUGGACAGGAAACUCACGGCGAGAGACUCGGUCUCUGGCCUCCCGAUCCGAGCGCCCAUCGCCGUGCAUGCGACGUCUCUUUGGCUUGAACAGGCGGAAGCCUAG